AUGGCGGGAAAGCCCGACCCCCAGGCCUCGCCCCAGCCGCCGCCCCCGCCGCAGCCGGCCGGCCUGCACAACGUGCUAGUCUACGUGUCCAGCGACAACUUCGCCGCCUACGCCGUCAACCACCACCACCAGCAGCCGCACCACCAGCACCACGCCCACGCGCCGCAGCCGCCGCCGCCGCAGGCGCCGCACCAUCACCACAGCCAGCCGCAGCAGCAGCAGCAGCAUGUGUACUGCCAGCAGAACGGGGGCGGCGCCGCCGCCGCCGCGCAGGCCGGCUUCUGCGUGGCCGCCGCCCCCGGCAAGGGCCGCCUGCAGCACGCGCCCUUCGCGGCGCCGCCUCUGCCCCUCAACGGGCUGGUGCCGCCCCCGGCCGCCCUGUACGGCGGCGCCGCCGCUGCCGCCCACGGGGGCGGCGGCGCCGGCAGCCCCGGGCCCGGCCCCGGAGCCGCCGCCGCCCACAACGGCUUCCCGCCCCCGCCGCAGCCGCCGCCGGCGUGCGCCGCCCCCGACGGCGCGCCGCUGCCCCCCGGGCUGUGCCUGGUGGGCGGCCCGCUGCCCGCCUGCUCCUCGUCGUCGCAGCAGUUCGUGCUGGGCGGGAAGCUAGUGGCCGCCUCGCAGGCGGUGGAGGCGGCCGAGCUGGCGCUGGCGUCGCCCGCCCCCGGCGGCCCUGCUGCUGGCCAGCAGCGCGCCGCGCGCCCCGGGGGCGGAGAGGCGGACGCGGCGGCCUUCCCGGGGGGCGGCGCGCCGCGCUGCGACUCGGUGCGCUCCGAGACCAGCUGCAGCUCGCUCAGCUCCGGCUCGGCCGACUCGCAGCCUGACGGCGCCGCCCCCGUCGUGUCCAUCUCGCUGCCGCAGCCGCAGCCCCAGCCGAAAACUGCAACUGAGCACACCGAACGACUCAACGGCGCCGGCGGCUUGGUACAGGUGCUGGACCAGCCGUUCAGUGCGUGGCGAGCCGUGGAGGGAAUGGAACGGGGUAGAAUAGUGUCGGGCACGAUCCGAGGGGCCACGCCGGCUCUUUGUGUGCUGGACGGGCCGCCGGGCCACCGCAGGAGCACAGCCCGCUCUGUCUGCCCGGCCAACGCCGCCGCCGCGAGUCUGCGCAUCGUCGCCGCCGCCGCCGCUGGAGAUGGAGCUGCAGCUCCGACCGCCCACCCGCAAAACUCUCACCUGCGGCUUUCCUUAAAUGUGAGCCCGAGCAACACGGCGCUGAGCUCGCUGGAGCUGCUGAAGGACUACCUGCAGACGCAGGGCACCUGCAAGUGCGGCCUCGAGUGCCCCCUCCACUGCGAGCAGGUCUUCAACUUCGACCCCAAGGUGUCGACGCGGCCGUCGUCCCCCGAGGCGUGCGACAAGGCGGACGCGCGGUCGGCGUGCCGACACAAACGCAAGGCGCAGCAGCUGCAGCUGCAGCCGCCUCAGCCGCAGCCCCAGCCGGCGCUGCCCGCGCCCGCCUUCGACCACCAGCAGCAGCUGCAGCAGCAGCAGACACAGCAGCAGCAGCAGGCGCAGUUCGUGCGCUACCACCACGCCGACGGCAGCACUGUCGUGGCCCAGGUGCAGCAGCAGGGGACGCCGCAACCGCAGUCGCAGGCACAGGCGCAGGUGCAGCAGUACCAGCAGGAGCUGCAGCAGCAGCUGCUGAGGAUGCACAUGUUCCCAGAGCAGCCACACCCCUUCCAGCAGCACCGCCUGCCUGAGGAGCACAAGCAAAUAUUGCUGCAGCAUCAUCACCACCAGCAGCAACAUCAACAACAGCAACAGACGCCACAGCAGCAACAGGCACAGCAGCAACAGGCACAGCAGCAGCAAGUGCAGCAGCAGCAGCAGCAGCAGCAACAACAACAACAACAACAACAAGUGCAGCAGCAGCAGCAGCAGCAGCAACAACAACAGCAGCAGCAGCAGCAGCAACAACAACAACAACAACAAGUGCAGCAACCUUCUCAGCAACAGCUGUUGCAGCAACAGCAGCCAAGUCAUCACCAACAGCAACAGCACCGUACCCAGCCUCAGCAACAACAGCAACCGCCACAACAUGUGCUACAGACUCAGCAGGCCGUGUUAACUUGCUACGAACCGUACCGGCAACCUCCCCCUCUACAGACUCAGGCCGGCAGCGGUACAGUCAUCCUCCAGCCGACGAGAGCACCCCCUUGGCAGAAGACGUCGGGAAUACAGGCCACCACGUACGACAGACGUGUGCCUUCGGUUCACCAGUGGACCGGAGUGGGUGCGAACGUCCCUCCCGACGACGCCUCCCCGACCUCUCGGCGCAAAGUGUCAGCAGCGGUGCAGGCCCCACUCUCCGUCGCCGCCUCCUCGCAGGCGGGGAGGCGGCCUCUUCUCCCUCAGCAGGUGCCCGCAUUACAAGUCCAGCCCCAGUCGCAGGUACGUGCACAGUUCCCCUCGCCAGUUGGUGCACCCUCGGAUGUGAACAGGCAGUCACUUCCUGUGCCUCAGCAGCAGCAGCAGCAACAACAACAACAGAUUCAACAACAGCAACAGCAACACCAACAGCAGCAGUCACAAGCACAGCCACAACAACCCCAGCUGCAACAACAACAGCAGCAGCAGCAGCAGCAACAACAACAACAACAACACCAGCAGCAGCAGCAGCAGCAGUUGCUGCAACAGCAACAGCAGGCCCAGCAACAGCAGGCCCAGCAACAGCAACCCCAGCAGCUGUACCUGCCGGCCCACUUUGCAGAGGAUGUGAGCGGCUACCUGUCGCAGCAGGGCCAGAAUGUGGGCUUCCUGUGCCACAGCCCGGGUGCCGUCUGUUCCCAGCAGUCACAGCAGCCUCCUCAGGCCCAGCAGGUUGUGGUAGGAGUUCCACUGGCUAGCAACGUCCUCCUGCCGAAGGGCUACACCAACACCAGUUCUGGGCCACAGCUCAGCGCACCAGUCCAGGUGCAGGCACCGGUGCAGGCGCAGGCGCAGACGGUGGCCCGGCAGUACCAGCUGCAGGUGAGCGUGGCGGCGGACUCGAGCGUGGCGGCGCCAGUGCCGGCGGUGACGGUGGCGGGCCUGCAGGAGCAGUGCCAGGGCUGCCACAGCCACGGGCACGGGCAAGGGCAAGGCCAGGCGCAGGCGGCGGCUGCCUACCAGGCGCAGGCGCAGGCGCAGCAGUUCCAGCUGCAGCUGGCGCCGGCACCUACGCCCGCGACCGCGGCCGCGGCGCACCCUGCGGACGACAGCCCGGUCACCUCCUCCACGUUCGGAGAGGGCCGCCAUCAACAGUGCCCCUCACGCUCCUCCCAGCAAUCUGUGGACAUCCGCGGUCCUAUUCAGGGUGGCACAGUGAGCACCAGCAACGGUUCACCUGUGGAAGGCGCGGCAGGCCCGUGCUACCUCGCACAGCCCGAACCUUCGCCCAACUCCGACGCCCUGCUGAUUUCAUCAUCAUCUCCUGUGACUCCGGUGCAGGCCCCUAGUCCUCCAGCCAACAGUGCCCAGUAUAGAUGUCAGCAGCAGCAGCAACAACAACAGCAGCAGCAGCAACAACAACAACAACAACAACAAUUGCAGCAGCAGCAGCAACUGCAACAACAACAACAACAACAACAACAGCAGCAGCAGCAACUGCAACAGCAGCAGCAGCAUCAACUGCAACAACAGCAGCAGCAACUGCAUCAACAGCAGCAGCAACAGCAACAGUUGCAACAACAGCAGCAGCAGCAGCAAUUGCAACAGCAACAGCAGCAACAACUGCAACAACAGGCACCACCGCAACAACCACAACAGCAACAGCAAGUGUCACAGCCGCAACAGCACCAUAGAAGAACACCACACAUCACUGUAACGACAAUGGCAUCAGGCCGUACCGUCGGGAGUAAUACCGUGACGUCAGUGGUGGCGGGGUCUUGCGGACCACGGGCGCACACUGCGACUGUGUCGGUGACGACGGCAGACACACCACACCAGCAGUCGGCAGCGUCCUCUGGGCAGGGCCAUGCACAGGCCAAGUCGCCCCUGGAGAUGGUGCAGAGUGUGGUCAGCUCCAUACAGCAGAAAAUGCCUGUAUCACAGGUGCCACAGCAGGUAAAACAUCAACACCAGCAGCAACAGCAGCAGCAGCAACAACAACCUCAACAGCAGCUACUCAGUCAGCAACAACAGCAGCAGCUCCUCAGUCAACAACAACUACAGCUUCAGCUCAGCCAGCAACACCAGCAGCAGCAGCAGCAGCAGCAACAACAACAACAACAACAGCAGCAGCAGCAGCAGCAGCAACAACAUCUGGCACAACAACAGCACCAGCAGGCACACCAGUCUCAGCAACAGCAGCAUCAACAACAGCAGCUGAGUCAGCAGCAGCAGCAGCAGCAACAACAACAACAACAACAACAACAGCAGCAGCAGCAGCUGACUCCGGGCCACAUCCUGGUGUCGAGCUGUGGCGGGCAGCUGUUGGUGGCCAACACUGGGGCCGUCAUGGGAAAGCCAGUUCUCACCAGCAUGUCUAGCGGUGCUGUCACUCAGGUGAUCCCUACUGCGGUCGGAGUGCCGGCGACGGUGCUGGUGAAUGCACUACCGGCGCCACUGCUGCUGCAGCCGGGCGUGGUGGCGGUGGACGGCACGACGGCAGUGCAGAUCCCGCAUCUCGUGGCGGCCGCGGGCGGCGUCCUGCAGCAGCCCACCUCGGCUGCCGACCUGUUCCAGCCCCACCAGGCGGCGGCCGCCGCCGCGCCCGCCCCCCACCACCAGCACCAGCACCACCGCGUCGCCACGUCGGUCGCUUCCGUGCACCACGGUCACCAUGCCGUCGGCGCGCAGGCUACGCUCCCGCAACGCAAGGCUGGCAGCAAGAGGCGCAAGGUGCCUCCGCAGACUGUCGCGUCGAUGCUGCACGUUGCGCAGCAGCAGCAGCAGCAACAGCAACAGCAGCAGCAGCAACAGCUGCAGGGGUACCAGCCCGGGGCGAUGCUGACGAUCGUGCCGGGGAAGGGUGGCGCACCUGCGCAGAUCGUGGUGGGCGGUGCUCCGCCCUCCCACUCGCACGCGCCUGCGAGCGCAGCUGCCGGGCAGCAGCCGCCUGCCGGCCCGCAGGCGGCGCAGCCCCCACCCCCGCCACCGCCACAGCCGCAGCCGUCACCUAUCAACCUGCUGCAGCCCGUCAGUGUGGUGCAGAACUUCCAGCCGGCCUUCCAGCAGUUCAUCGUGCCGGGUCUGGGCGGCAUGGUGAUGGCCGCCGACGGCACCGCCGCCCUGUUGCCUGAUGCCGGAGUCCAGCUGCAGGGAGUGCUGCCACCCCAGCCUUUCGCCGGGGCGACCGCGGGCGGUCUGGUCAUUCGAGCGACUGGAGUAGGCCAGGCGGGUGUCGGCGCCCAGGCGACUGCCGGGAAGUUCUUGUCGCCGGCUCCCCCGCAGUUCCUGGUCAACGGGAAUGCCUUCAGUGGACAGCUUAGCCCACUGGUGGCAGCUGGCGUCAGCCCCACACAGCACCACCAGGUGACGUUCCAGACGACGACACAGCCGCAGGUGAGGCCAGAGUUCCUGCAGUGUGCGACAGUACAGCAGACGCAGGCGCAGCAGGCGGGCACAGUGCACGCACAGCACCAGCAGCAGCCGCAGCAGCAGGUGCCGCAGUCGCAGGCGCAGCAGUGCAGCGCCACAGUGGUGCAGCACAACACGACGAUAGUGCAGCAGCAGACGACGAUGGUGGCGUCCAGCCGCGGGCAGCUGCAAGUGGCGGGCCAGCAGCAGUCGCAGCCACAGACGGUCACCUUCCAGCCGCGCCCGCCGGCACCUGCCACGAAGCAGUCGGUGAGUGCCUAA